AUCAAAGUAGCUUCACUCAUCAAAAAUGUGAUUUGGAAAUCUUGGACAUUCUGAAAAUCAGAAGUUAAAUCCCUUUUCUUACUGGAAGGAAUGCAUUGCUUUCCUGUGAAGCUGCGCUUAGAGCAGGCCUUUCCUUUAUGGCAUAAUCCCCACAGUCAUGUGCACAACAAGAACUUCCGAUGAACAAGCCUGACACCACGCUUUUUUUCCAAGUUGCCAUGAGGAAAAUCUGCGCAUAUAAAAACACUUCCAGAGGAAACAUCUGCCCUCCUGUGUUUUUAUGGUCACAAGAGUUCAUGAUGAACUGCAAAACUUUCAAAACAAGUUCAACAUGGUGUUUCAUUUCCUUUAUAUCCUUUUAUUUGGUAAACUCAGCAAAACUGCUUGAAUAAGUUCAAAACUACAUGACUACAAGAUCUAACGGUCUUUUCAAGAAAACAUUGUAAACAAAUGUCAAGAUGUGACCCUGUGAAGACUUCCCAAAACUGGUGCCAGGAGUCUAGCGGUCCAUCUGAACAAAAGGCUCUUAUACUUAAACAGAUAUACGUGUGUUUGCUAUACCAUAUAUCAGCAAGAGAAGAUACGACCUCUCCUAGAAGGUGUGUGAUCUAUGCCAAAACCCUCUGAAGAGGAGUGAACGCACCCCCCUCUUCAUGUUACACAGAGUUGUUACAGACCUCCUAGGAUGAGACAUUCUUUCAAUCUACAAAUGGUUACAUACUUCUAAGCAUAUAUAUAAAUAUAUAUUUCUGGGCAUAAAUGACAAUCCAACAAUACAAAUCUAACAAAAACACUUCCACUUUGGUAGAGCUGAUGGUGUUAUAGGAAGGAAGACUAACUGAUGUGCUGAAUCGGUGGCAAAGAUUAAGAGGUGUGGCCCAAUACUAUUGACCGAAGUGUCAAAAGAAGAGCUUCAAGAAGACUGUUCCUAAAAUCUAUUUAUAGAAAUGACAAUGAAAACUUGCCUGGAGCUCAGGCUGUGUUGAGGAAUAAAUGUGGCGACACUAAAUGUCAACUUUCAAGUUCACUGGAAUUCUGCAAACACAUUUUUUCCUUACAGUGUAUGCCCAAGUAUGUUUGCACACGUUUCAAUAAAUCAUUGCAUCUAUUUAUCAUUAAUAUAUAAAAUAUAAAUAUGUGUAGUUCAGGUCUCUUGCGCAGCCCUGUAGUUUAUAGAUAAUAUAUUAUAACAAUGUAAGCACACCCCCUUUAAUCCAACCCUAAGUAAACGCUGCACUUUCAACAAGCGCUUCUUGAUGACGUAAGUGGCUGCAUUGCGCCUGGCGUUGUCCUUGGAUACGGGAUUUCUCCUCUUAGCUUGUUUCGCUAAGAAGAUUGGACUCCGUCUUUGCUCGCUUGGCUGAUGUUUUGUCGGUGUAGGCUCACAGAAGUUGCCUCUUAGUAUAACCGAUAGGAGUGGGACAGCAUGAGCGGUAUCGACUACAGCGUGUGGGACCACAUCUACGUGUCAGACGAUGAAGAUGUCACGUGCCCGUUCGUGGACACUCCGAGCUUGUUCAGAAUGAGACACCGGGUCAGCAGUGACAGUAGUGCUAGCCGUGAAGUUUGGAGUGCUACACCUGAGCCGGCUGGAGAAAAUGGUAGAGUUUCAGCAGAGAGGUGAAGACCUGGAAACCAGCUUUGCAGAAUGCAGGAGGCUAUUAGAGGAAGCCCAGGGACGACUUGCAUACCUAGAAGAAAGAAUGAGGGAAGGAGAUGAGGAUAAGGAGAGGGAGGCUGAGCUGAAAAAAGUCCAGACAGAAAUAAAGAAACUGAAACAGGAUGAGAAGUCCUUUGAGAAAUUGCUAGAAGAACACCGAAAAGAAGAGAAGAAGCUGCCCUGGAAUGUAGACACUAUCAGCAAGGAUGGUUUCAGCAAGAGUGUGCUGAACUUUAAGCCUUUAUCAAAGGAGGAAACUGGGGAGGAAAAGGUGGGGAACCACAAGAACUUUCUGGGGAAGUAUGGGAAAGAAAUCAAACUCUUUGGGAUGCUGCGGCGCUGGGACGACAGUCAGCAGUAUCUGUCAGACCACCCGCACCUGGUGUGCGAAGAGACUGCUAAUUACCUUGUUGUCAUCUGUAUCGAGUAUGAGAUAGAUGAGAAACACGCCCUGAUGGAGCAGGUGGCCCACCAAGCCAUCGUCAUGCAGUUCAUCUUGGAUUUGGCUCGGACGCUGAAAGUUGACCCAAGAGGCUGCUUCAGACAGUUCUUCUCAAAGAUCAAGACUCUAGAUAAGUUGUACCAAGAUGCAUUUGAGCAUGAGCUGGAGAUGCUAAAGGAGCGGGUCCGCAGUUCUGCACAGACCCGUAUGGAGAACGCUGUGAAAGAGUUGGAGGAGGAGGAAAUACAGAAGAGACUGGGCCCAGGUUGUUUGGACCCUGUAGAGGUCUAUGAAUCGCUACCAAAGGAGGUAAAGAGGAGCUUUCAUGAGAAGAACAUUCAGAUGCUGCAAGAAGCUAUGAGCAAGCUGGACCCUGAGGUAGGAAAAUACCACCUGAAGAGGUGUAUUGACUCUGGAUUGUGGGUCCCUGAUUCCAGAGGGGAUGAGGAUGGGGAGGAAGAUGGGGACCAGGAAGAGGAUUAAUAAUACUUUAUUAUAAACCUAGUCAGUGUACCGAUUGUGUGUUGUUAUAUAAGUGUUGUUUCUGGCUGCUUAGUUUUUAAAUGUCUCCAUGUUAAACUAAAUCUAGUCAAUUAACUGCAUAUACAUAUACUGUGAAAUGUGCAUUGUAUAUUUUUUAAUAAAGGAGUAUUUGAAGAUUAGUUUUAAAGAAGUAUUUUUAUGAAUCAGUUCUUAUUAUUGUUACUGACAGUGUUGACAGAUUUAUCCCUGCUGUUAAUCAUCUUUAAAAAGCCAGUUCUCUCAAACAUGUUAAUACAAUCUAUGUUUUGAAACUCUAUAGUUACUCAGGAUGUACUUUUACUUUCACAGUUGUAGCUGGGUCACGUUUCUCUGCAGCUUAUAAAAACACUCUUCUCUCUCAGUAUGAACGCUUCAUGUCACCGUCCAUGUCAGGCGUAAAGAGCAGUUUUUUCUGCUUGGUUGUGUCUGUUGUCCCACUGUGGUCAACAGCGCCACCUAAAGUCGUAUUUGGGGAAAGAUGACUGAGGUGGUGUGGUAGACAGCUUUUUUGUGAUUGUUGAAUCUUAAGUUCAUUAAAGAUGUAACUGUUAAAUAAUAUAUCAACAGAGAAUGAGCUGGACACAUGCAUAUAAUCUAUAUUAUUUAGUUAAAUUGAAAUAAAGUUAAUUCAUUAAUAGAUGUGUCGAUUGUUGCAUUAUUUUGAUUUAUUUAUUUAUUUUUAUUCUUGCGAAACUUCAUUAAAUUUUUUUAUGUUUUGGCAACAUAGCUUUGAUAAACUGUCGUGCCAGUGAAGCACCAUUGGACUGGAUUAAAUUUGAAUUUAAAUAUCAAGCUAAAGGCACAAGUUAAAUGAAUAAAGCAAAAAGAAAGAUCCUGUACAAACAAACAUUUUAUAGAUUUAUUCCAGUGACUGAAAAGGAAGUUACACUAUAUGUUACUCAAGCUCAACAAGUACUGAGUUUAGGUCAUAAAAAAGUGUGCUGCUUUGAAUUUAAAGAAAGACGUUUAACAGUGAGCAGGCUUAUUAUGCACUGAUGACAUCAUAUGAAAUUUUAAUACAGAUAAAUUUAAGUUUAGGUCUUUAUAGUUCCUGAGAACAUCAGCAGCCAUCUGUGCUAACUCAGUGACAUGAAUCCAACAUCUUUGUUUUUAAUCCUCUUUCUCCAUCUUUACUUCACACAGUCUAUCGCAGCUUGUGUAAUACCCUUCAUAGCAUGACAGAGGGCACUUUGAUGCUUCACUGUUAUCCCACACCCCACCCAAAGUGACAUCAGAUGGACACACUGAAACAAGAAAAAUAGAAAAAAAUCACUUUAAAAAUAAAGAAAAGUUUACUAGAACGUGUUUAAGCUGGUGUAAGUUUAUCUUGCUACUAUGAUUUUUCCAGUUUACAGUGACGGACACAAGACACAAUAUUUUAUGCAUAUAUGCUUGUUUUUAUGACAGUGUAUCAUUGGUAUGAUGCACCUUAUACCAUAAUACACCAUAUUAUAAGUAAGUUGAGCCAAAUAUGCUGGCUCUUAUUCAGCUAUGUUUGAAACAAUUCAGAUUGAGCGCCUGAAAAUCUGUGGAAACAUUAUCAGUUUAUUGCUGCUUUUUGUGGGCUUUUGUGGUUAGGUGCGGACAUUUCAGACUAAAACUGGCAACUGUUUUUAUU